AUGAGCAGAGAGGCGAUUGUGGGCGUGGUAACCACGCCUCCCAGCGCCGGUCCCAGGGAGCGCUACUUCGAUCGGAUCAACGAGAGCGAUCCGGACUACCGGCGCGCCCGCAACAUGUCUCCUGACCUUCGGCAGGACUUCAAUAUGAUGGAGCAGAAGAAGAGGGUCACGCAGAUCCUGCAAAGCCCUGCAUUUAAGGAUGAGCUGGAGGGACUGAUCCAGGAACAGCUGCAUAAGGGAACUGACCCAGCAGGCCUCAUGGCUUUGCGCCAGAUUGCUGACUUCUUCAUGGCCAGUUCCAUGGCAGGCUUCCCCACCUCCCCCCUCAGUCUGGGAAUGGUUUCUCCCAUCAACGACCUAUUCGGUGCGGACUCCGUGACUGUCAUGGUGAAGGGGGAGAAGCAGUCACGCUGUAAGCUGGCGAGCCUCUACCGCCUGGUGGACCUCUUUAGCUGGGCGCACUUCGCCAGCUCCUACAUCACCGUCCGGGUCAGUAAGGAGCAGGACCACAUCCUCAUCAUCCCCAGAGGGUUGUCCUUCGCUGAGGCCUCCGCGUCUAAUCUGGUGAAGGUGAAUAUUCUUGGUGACGUAGUAGACCAGGGCUCCACCCCCCUGCAGGUGGAUGCGGCUGGGUUCAGCCCCCACGCUGCCAUCUACUCCAUGCGGCCGGACGUGCGCUGCAUCAUCCACCUGCACACGCCUGCCGUCGCCGCCGUGUCCUCCAUGAAGUGCGGACUGCUGCCGAUCUCGCAGGAGGCGCUCAUCCUGGGGGACGUCGCGUACUACAGUUACCGUGGCAGCCUGGACGAGCCGGAGGAGAGGAUGGAGCUGCAGAAAGCGCUUGGGCCCACGGCUAAGGUGUUGGUCCUCAGGAACCAUGGUGUGGUGGCUCUAGGCGAGACCAUUGAAGAGGCCUUUCUCUACAUUUAUACUGCCCAGUAUGCCUGUGAGAUCCAGGUGAACGCGUUCUCCUGUGCUGGGGGACUGGAGAACCUGAUCGUGCUGGAUCUGGAGGAGUACAAGUCCCGCACACACGGCGUUGCAAUGAAAGGGGUCAACAUGGACUCUCAGCAGAAGUGGAAACCGGGAGAACUGGAAUUCGAGUCUCUCAUGAGGAUGCUGGACAACCUGGGUUACCGGACGGGCUACACCUACCGGCACCCGCUGGUGCGCGACAAGCCGCGGCACAAGAGCGAGGUGGAGAUCCCGGCCACGGUGACGGCGUUCUCAUUCGACGACGACGAGGCGCCCCGCCUUCCGCUCCGCCUCCUGCAGCAGCGGCGUGAGAAGACGCGCUGGCUCAACUCGCCCAACUGCUACACCAAGGUCAACGUGGCGGACGCCGCCGGCGACGAGAUCGCCCGCAUCAGGACCAUGUGGAUGAAGUCGGAGGACGCCAGUACAAGUAUCCCCAUCCGCAUCGAGGACCCCAACCAGUUCGUCCCGCUGAACACAAAUCCCAGUGACGUUCUCGAGAAGAGAAAUAAAAUCCGAGAACAGAACCGCUACGAUAUGAUGUCAGCCGGUCCGCGGUCUCAGAAGCUGGCCGGAAUUGUGGUGGAAAGACCGCCGCCGUAUGCAGGUGGAGAUGAGGACCAGGAAGUGCCCCUCCCACCCAACCCUUUCAGUGAACUGAUGGAAUCAGAGAACGAGGACUACAAAAGGCGCCAACACCUGGGACUCCAUGCUGAGGAGGAGCAAGACCAGCUAACGUCCGACGAGGCUUCCACCUUCUCCCCGUCUGCGUCUCAAACGCAUUCACCACUAAACUCGCCUGCGAGAGAAGAGAACCACACGAACGCUCUCCUGAACGGCAAGGAUGACCACUGCAACGAGGAGGAUCUGAGCAGGGCGGUGAGCCAGCUGACCACCGGCGGUGAGGGGGUGGAGAUCUCCACCAUGCGCCCAGGCGAGAAGAUCGAGGAGGCGCGUUCUCCCGAGAGCUCGCCCUCCAAGUCGCCCAGCAAGAAGAAGAAGAAGUUCCGAACUCCGUCUUUCCUGAAGAAGAAUAAAAAGAAGGAGAAGGCAGAAGCUUAGGUCAUCAGGAGGGGGCGGAGCUACAACCCGUCUCUGCGCCUGCCCCGUCUCUGUCUGUCUCUGUCUGUCUGUUCUUUUGUGUUUGUUUUAAAGGUUUUUUUUUUUAAAAUAACAAGUCGUUAUUGGGAAAAAAAAAUACUUAGGCACAUGUUUGGGAAGGGGGAAAAAGUUAAUGAACUGGUCACGUGAGAAAUGACGCACGUUUACAAAAGUGGGUCACGUUUCGCAAGAUGUGGAGAGAGAAGUGGGCUUGCAACAGGAGAGAUCCUAGGAACCUUUCUCGAAUCCAUCUCACAUUUUGGCACGCACCCCAACCUGUACACACCUGCUACACCCUCAUCUUUGCCAAGCAAGCCCUGCAUUUGGCUCCGCUAAAUAAAAAAAAAAUUAAAAACCACCCCAUAUUUACAUAUGAAACCUCAGAGAUCCAUUUUCGUCCAUUAUGUUUCAUAAGAUUCAAUUCACUUAAACAAGAAUGAAAACUGUUUCCAGUUUGGUUUUACUACGCUUAAACCACAGGAUGGACACAGAAGACAUGAAAGACACUGGACCCUUGGGCUUUUCUCUGUCUGUCCCUCUGUGCGGUCUGAUCCUGGUCAAAGCCGCGCCUCUCUGGACAGCUCCUGCCACACAGUCCAGGUUUAAAACAAACAAUCACGUUUUAGUGAAGCAUAAUCUCAUUCUCGUUUAGUGGAGUUCACCUUUACACAUCAACUCAUCUCUUUUUGUUGUUGUUUUUUUUAAACUGAAACAUUUGGUAUUUGUCCACUCAGUUUUGUACUCAUUUCUGUACUUUUACAAAGAUAUGAAUGUUUAAGCAUGGUCUCUUUUUUUCUGAUACUAUCUAGGUUCCCACAACUGAUAACGUAGAAAUUAUUUCUCAGAUAUAUUAUAACUCGGAUUACUAAAACCACGUAUAAGAGAACUGGAUGAGUGAUGUAAUGAUAUAUUUUAUUUUUGUGCUGCACUUUUAUUGUAGUGUAUAAAAAUAUGUAUAUAUUAAAAAUAGAUGAAUUUAGCAUUAGACGGAGCCUGCGAGAGUGCAGAAAGUUGGAAAUGAGUGGCGUUUUGGAGCAGGUCGUAGUGUAGGCCGACAGUGGGCAGAGGAACGCAGUAAUGGGUCUGUGUCAUGCUGAAGGACUUGCAUGUGUAGCUUUUAUUACAGGUGACAGAUCCGCUUCCCAGAGCAAAACGAGAGCGUUUGACAGACAUGCGUUUCACGAUCUAAUCCCAAGGCGAAUGUUUACUUAGCGGUCCUCCUACGUGUCGCCCUGCCACGCUCCGCCAGGCCAAGGGAGGGAUGCGUUUGAUUUGCCUUGGCCACCAUCUAGGCGCAGGAGCCGUUUUUUAAUAGAAAAGUCGGGGGGGGGGGGGGGGAUUGGACCAAUUAUUAAUUUUUAUUUUUAUUUUUAUUUUUUUACAUGGGGGGGGGUUUAAUUGUGGAGGUGCUGGAGCUCUCUGGGGAGCCCGUGACGCGCUUUUGGAGCCGUUAACCUUACCCUGAACUCUGCCGGCCAAAGUGGUAGUCCUGUCGCCGCAGGCUGCAGUCCCGGAGCAGUGCCGUCUCUCGAGCAAUCCCAGCGAGCAAUGUGAAGCGGCCACGGCCGUGUAAAUAGCGCGUGACGUCGGACAGCGCGCGGUUUAAGCCUGACGAUGUACGGUGGUGAGAAACGGAUUAGAAACGGUGGAGUGGCAGUUUAAAAAAAAAUAAUAAUGAGUUGCUCAGACGUUUAAUGCUUCAGUUAUGCUUGUUUCGUUUUCAUAUUCGUUUUUAUGCAGUUUUGUUUUUUUUCCCUCCUCAUUGUAUCGCAGUAAUUUUUUUUAUUUUAUUUUUUUUAACGUUUACAGAGAUCUACACUUUUUAUUAACAGUUUCCAACUGGACGAAUGUGCAUUGCGUCCUGUUCCUCUCCCUCUGACCGUCAGCACCGUUUAAACUAAUGCUUCUUCUCUCAGUGUAGUUCUCCCUUCCAGAGGAAUUGUUUUACUUUGGCAUGUGACUGUGAGCCAAGCCUCGUCGUGACCUGUGAAAACGUAUAUAAAUUGUAAUCUAACGGAUUUGCCUUAGACUGUAUUGCUAAUCAGUGUAAAUUCACAAAUAAAAAGCUAUUUUGAGGGGAAAAA